AAAUAUUAUUCCUCAUUACCAUAUAAUAAACAUAGGGGAAAUUUAUAAGACCAAGUAAGAAAAAGAUUGGUGAUACAAAAAGAAAAACAAAAGGGAAAGUAAAAACAAAGAAGAAACAGUUAAAAAGAAAGUUGGAGUGGGUUUAAAAAACAGAGUGGAGGAGUGGACUGCAGAAGGAGUAGCAGAGCCAGUGGUUGUUUUUUGUAUUUCUGGGUUUGGGAAUCGUUGAAAAAACAGAGAGGGAAAGCCUGCAGGAGAAUCCGAGACCCCAAACAUGGCAAAGCUUAGGAAGCGACGAUCCGAAUAAAGAUUCACCAUCUCUUUCUUCUUUUUCCUUAAUUCCCUCUCUCUCUCUCUUUCUCUCUCUCUUUUCUUUGCUUUUCUCUUUCUCAGAUAUCGAUCUCUCUCUAUAUGUGUCUCUGCACCACUAGCUGAGGCCUCUGCCACAACCCAUUUGGUGUUAGCCGUACCGUCCAAUAAUCCUCCCUACCCUUUUCUUCUCUCUUUUUUCCAAUCUCAAUCUGCAUCACCAACCACCCCCACUUUACAGAAAUCAGAGAGUGUUUAGAAAAAGGGAAUUUUUUUUUUUUUUUUUUUUCAUCUCAGACAUAGGAGCUUCAGAAGUCGAUGUUUAGGUGUUUGAUUUUUGGUAUAUGACAGUUGCACUUGCAUUGAACGUGUGGAAUAAUUCAUCAUCAUGUUCGACAAUUAUUAGUCCCUCUCUCUCUCUCUCUCUCUCUCUCUAUCUCUCUCGCACGAAAGAAAAUCCAAUCUUAAAAAGGGUUCAAAAAGGAUAGAGAUAGAGAGAGAGAGAGAGAGAGAGAGAGAGAGAGAGAGAGAGAGAGAGGGAAAUCUCAGGAGUAUAUCUGAAAUCUCUGCUCUCUAUUUACUCGUUUCCAAGGAAGUUUUCAGUAAAUUCUGUUUUUCUUUUAUUCAUGGAGUGGAAGAGAAACAGAGUAAGGUUUGUUAAUAAACCUCCAUCGUUUCGCUCUUUUUCCAUCUUCAUUUUCUUCUUCUUCUCAAUCUCAGCACUCUUCUGCACUAUCACUUCCUCAACCACUACUACUUGCCCAGAUAACAGGUGUCCCUUGUCUGCUAAAGUUGAUACAUAUUUUCAGGAACUUGAAAAGCCCGCCGUUAACAAGAAAAUGAUGAUGUUGGAGGAGGAAAGUGAGGCAGGAUUAAGGAUUGAGGGGAGAAGAUAUUUAAGUGGACCUGGAUCAUCGCCGCCCCGCUGCACGGCGAAAUGCGGCAGCUGCACGCCAUGCAAGCCGGUUCACGUGCCCGUCCCUCCCGGAACUCCGGUGACGGCGGAGUAUUAUCCGGAAGCAUGGAGGUGCAAAUGUGGCAACAAGUUGUACAUGCCAUGAAUAUGAUGGUUUUUCUUUUUUUUGGGCUUAUUUUGUUUUCUUGCUUCCUACAAAAGUCUCUCUCUCUCUCUCUCUCUCUCUCUCUCUCUCUCUCUGCCUUACCUACUCUCUUAAUCGUAUAUGCUGAGUGACAAAUAUAUAGUGAAGAAAAAGAAAUUAAUUAUUGUCCUAGUAAUUUUUGUUUCUAUAUGCAUGGUUAUUAGUCAUUACAGGAAUAUAUUAUCUAUAUAUCUAUAUAUAGACUUCAGUUAUAUGUAAAGGUUUUAUAUAUACAUUAACAUUAGUAUUAUUGUUACUAUUAUAUUGAGAACUUCAUGAAAAAUGGUGUUAAUUUGCUCACUUUUUGUUUUAUCGA